AUGAGCCGGCGGCUCUUGGUUGAAGAAGAUAAGGCUUUUCUUUUUCUAUUUGCUGUUGAUUACCCAAAAUUUUCCAUGGCUGUGCACCUUAUGGUUCUGGUCAUUCCCAAUAGAAAGCUCUUUGCUUUUGCUCGCUCGCUAGGAAAUAUGGAACUGGCCAGCACUUCAAAUGCUAGUAGCAUUUUGUGGUUCUUCAGGGAUAGAGGUUUUGAUGAUAAGAGCAUUCAUGAAUUGUUUAGAAAGUGCAAGCGCCUCGAGGACAUUCAAAAGGAAAGAGCAUCUGAAAAUUGGUCUUACCUGAAAAGCAUUGGCAUUCAAGAGAGAAGGCUUCCUUAUGUUAUUUCGAAGUGCCCCAAAAUCCUUACUCUAGGCCUCAACGAGAAGCUCAUCCCAAUGGUUGAAUGCCUUGCUACACUAGCCACAAAACGACGUGAAGUUGCUUCUGCCAUAACCAAGUUCCCUCACAUACUUUCUCAUAGUCUUGAAGAGAAGCUUUGCCCACUUUUGGCAUUCUUUCAGGCACUAGGUGUUCCUGAAAAGCAACUUGGCAAGAUUAUAUUGCUCAACCCACGGCUAAUUAGUUACAGCAUUAAUCCCAAGCUAACAGAGAUUGUGGACUUUCUUGCUGGUCUUGGCCUUAACAAGGACGGAAUGAUUGGUAAAGUCCUGGUGAAACACCCCUUCAUAAUGGGUUAUAGUGUCGACAAAAGACUACGUCCUACGUUGGAGUUUAUGAAGUCUGUUGGCCUGACAGAGUUGAAUCUUCAAACAGUGGUCAUGAACUUCCCUGAAGUUUUGUGUAGAGAUGUGAACAAGAGCCUGCAGCCCAAUCUAACUUAUUUAAAGAGAUGUGGAUUUGAGGAUCGACAAAUAGCAGCUAUCGUGACUGGUUAUCCCCUUAUUCUGAUCAAGAGUAUUAGAAAUUCUUUGGAACCUAGGAUCAAAUUUUUGGUAGAAGUAAUGGGGAGACAAAUUGAUGAAGCUGCUGAUUAUCCCAGCUUCUUUCAGCACAGUUUGAAGAAGACUGUGGAGUCUAGGCACAAACUUUUGAAACAGAAAAAAGUAGAAUGUAGCUUGAGAGAGAUGCUGGAUUGUAAUCAAAAGAAGUUCUUAAUGAAGUUUGGUUUAGACUAGUUUGUUCUUGCAGUUGCUUUUAUCUGUGAGUAAAUUCAACUUGUACAUGGAUUUGCGCCGAUCUAUGAGAAUUCAAGUUUCCUGGCUCCAUUUGGAUGGAUAUGUGUUCAAUGUUUAUCUUCAUUUUCAGAGAAAGUUCUUGGCAUGUUUGUGAGA